AACAUAAUGACAAAUAUUCCUUAUUGCUUCGAUAACAUUGUGAUUUGUGAAUUGUGAAUGAUAGUGGUAGAGAGAGAGAGAGAGUCAUGGCUGGAUUGUUCGACAGACAGGCAGAUGUUUAUGUAGAUGCAAGGCCGACUUAUCCGAGCGAAUGGUAUUCGAUGCUUGCGGCUGUCACCCCUCGUCGGACUUUAGCAUGGGAUGUUGGCACAGGCAACGGCCAAGCUGCUCUCGGGGUCGCCGAGCACUAUGAACAAGUGAUCGGAACAGACGUGAGCGAAGCGCAGUUAAAGCGAGCCAUGCCACAUCCCAGAGUCCGCUACGUUCACACUCCACCUUCCAUCUCCGAUGAGGAGAUAAUAUCAGUGGUAGGAGGUGAAAAUUCAGUAGACCUGGUCACUGUGGCCCAGGCUGUUCAUUGGUUUGAUCUUCCCAACUUCUAUUCGCUUGUUGCUCGCCUUCUGAGAAAGCCAGGAGGGGUCCUAGCCAUUUGGGGCUACAAUGACUGCACUGUUAACCCAGAGUUCGAUUUAGUCUUUAAGCGUUUCCAUGACACUACACUUGAUUUCUGGGAUCCAAGGAUUCAGCACAUAUUCGAUGGUUAUUCUACACUGUCCUUUCCUUUCGAGAGUGUGGGCCUAGGGUCAGAGGGGAAGCCAUUGAUGCUAGACAUGCCCAUAGAGACCUCGUUUGAUGGAUUUAUAGGGAUGGUUCGGUCAUGGUCGAUGGUGGCUACAACCAAGGAACGCGGCGUUGAUUUGUUAUCUGAGGAAGUGGUUAAAGAACUUGAGAUUGCUUGGGGUGGGUCUGAGUUGAUCCAAACAGUCAUUUAUAAGGCUUUCAUGCUUGCAGGAAAAGUUAAGAUGGUCCGCUAUCUUCACACUCCACUCUCCAUUUCCGACGACGAGCUAAUCUCUUCGUUGGGCGAAGAAAAUUCAGUAGACCUGAUCACUGUGGCUCAAGCUGUGCACUGGUUUGACCUCCCAAAUUUCUACUCGCUUGUGACUCGGCUUUUGAAGAAACCAGGAGGGAUAGUAGCUGUCUGGGGCUACAAUGAGUUUGCUGUUAGCCCCAUCUUUGAUCCAGUCCUGAAGCGCUUCCGUGACACCACAAUGCAAUUCUGGGAUCCACACAUUGGCUAUGUGUUCGAUGAUUACAGCACUCUUCCCUCUCCCUUUGAAAGUAUAGGCCUUGGAACGGAGGGGAAGCCAUUGAUGCUAGACAUGCAGAAGGAGACCUCAUUUGAAGGGUUUCUGGGGUUGCUUCGGUCAUGGUCUGCAGUCACUACAGCCAAGGAACGGGGCAUUGAUUUGCUAUCUCAAGGUGUGGUUAAAGAGCUUGAGAGUUCUUGGGGUGGGCCUAAGCUCAUCCGAACAGUCAUCUACAAGUCUUUCAUGCUUGCAGGCAAAGUUAGGCUGUGACCUGUAAAAGUGUAAACUGUGAUGUGAAUCCAAUUAAUUAAGCGUUACAAUAUCAUACUGUGAUUGUAAUUGAUCA